GUCCUAACACAUCAACAAACGCAGUCUGUUUUUGCUAGUCACACACAAUUUCAGCAAUGGCGAAUUCUUCUGGAAAUAUCUGCGUGAAGUUUUCUGAGAAAACUGGAAGAACUCGCCUCGAUGAUGUCGAUUUUUUAUCAUUAGUUGGUACUCUUAAGGAACGGGUGUCCCAAGCUAUUGGUUUACCGUCUUCAGAGUUUUCGAUGGUUUACUGUGGUCGAAUCCUGCGAGAUCAAGAUGCCUUAAAGCUGUCUGGACUUGUGACUGGAUGUACUGUACACGCCCUUAAAAAGAAAGCUCCAUUGCAAAAAUUGCAAGCAGAGCCAUUGGAUGAUACUGCUAUUCGCCAGCUGAUGACAGCACUACAUGCAGCUCUACUCAAUCCAGCACACAGACAAGCAGUACACAAGAUCCUGACAAAUUCGGAGACCAUCGAUAACAUCAUUGCAGUCACUCCUGGUCUCGCUAUGGACCACAUCGCAGUCUCUAUGCUACGAGAUCCAGAGCUGUUAAUACAAAUUGCUGACGCAGAAAAUGUUCGAAGAAUAGUACGUGCUCAUCCAGCCAUUGGUCACGCUGUGAUGCACAUUGCUGCGUCAGUCAACGAGGAAGGAGCACAGAGCGAAAGGAACAGGGGCUCUGAAGCUGGACCAAGUUCUUUAUUACCUGAUAUAUCUGACGAUGAAAUGGACACAUCUGCCGACGGAAGUCAGGGCUCAAAUCGGCCGCAGCUCAUUACUCAAGCCCAGCUCAGUGCGGCACUGGCAGCUGCAGGUGUUGGCAAUUCGGCAGGAAGCAGUGCCGGUGCAUACACACAGAAUACAUUCCCGCCAUACAGCGCACCCGUUCCGACAACCCCCAGAGGUGCCACCUCCUCCCAACCAUCGACAUCCUCCACAGCAUCACCCAGUCAACCCCUCGCGGGGUCAUCCUCGGGGUCAAGGGAAACAGGUCAACAAACUGGGAGUCUUAUAACGGCUGACCUACUCAACCAGGCCAUGGCCCAUGUACUGCAGCAGCAGCUAGCCUCGUCGGGUUCGACAGGGUCUGGUGCCCCAGCUACUGACCAACCCGAUGGUGCAACACUAUCACCACAACAGCUACAGGUACAGUUGCAGCAGCUCCGAAACAUGGGAAUCACUGAUGAUGCUGUUAGUUUACAGGCUCUGCAGGCAACUGGAGGUAACGUCCAAGCUGCAUUAGAUCUCAUCUUUGAAGGAGGAAGGAUGUAAUUGAAGUAUGGAUAUAAAUCCUCCAUACUAUUGGUCACGUUUUUCCAGCAGGUUGAUUGAAUAUUUGAAACUGUUCGUAAACUCUCCGGUUUUGGUGCAACUGAGUACUAAACUAACUCAAAUGAGUACACUGUUUAUGUAGAUGCAUCUAAGUUGUCAUAUUGCUGGCUGGUCUAAUUUAGAUAUCAUGCAAAGCUUCAGUGGGUGAUAUUGAAUGGUCAGAUAGUAGGAGGGUUGACUGUGUACUGUGCAGAUGCAUUGCAAGUUGACAUAGUGUGGCUCUCAUUCAAAACAACAGUGAGUCAGUGAUUUUGAAUGGGCAGACAGCAGAAGGGUUGACUGUGUAGUGUGCAGAUGCGUUAUUAAAGGAACACGUUGCCUUGGAUCGGACGAGUUGGUCUUUGA